UACCGCCUCCUGCUUUUCUACAGCCAUCUUCCCCUUUCAUACCUGCAAUUUUUCUUACUCUUUUCUUUUAUUGCCAUUCAUGAUGAAUUCUAGGCCACCCCCACCUCAAGGAGCCCCGCCAUCCUAUGCGUUUGUUACACGGGUGUAUCAACGGAAUCUUCGGCCUGUCGUGAUGUUAUGUGCUUUCCUCGGUGCCCUGUGGGCAUUGUUCUCUGCUAUCGGAAACUUUAGAAGCAUCUCAGUAGCAAAAGACCAAAAUUUUGGGAAACUGGUUACGUUUGGCAUUGUAAUAGGAGUUCUUCAUAUGGGAAUACUCGUAUGUGAGCUUUUUGGGAUGUUUGCGGCCUAUACCCAACGGCUCCCGCUCAUCAGAAUAUACGCCUACCUCUCUGUCUUAGCGACACUUAUUGUUUUUGCUGCUGGACUGGUCCAAGCUAUAAUUCACUUCUCUCUCAAGAAUGAUAUAAUCAACGAAUGUGCCAAUUUUUCUACCGGCCAGGAUGUCCUGUAUUACCCAUUUGGAUUCUGGGGUCCAGUAUCCCAUGAUACCCUUAACGCAAGUGAGGCGCGGGAAUGGUGCAAUGAUGCAUGGGACCACGACUCCUGGGCUGAUAUUGUCUCUCUUAUCAUCACUCUCAUCCUCGCGGGCAUGUUCACCGCCCUAGCGUUUGCUUAUCUCCGCCAAGCUUUAGACCCUACUAGUGUUGUUAAUGCCUUACGUGCUCCGUCCAACCAAGUGCGCGCAGGCUCCUUCCCUUCGCAUUACAACCCGCCAUACAAUGCUUCUGUACCGAACUUGGGUUACGGCUACAACAUGCCAUAUGCCGGAGGUCCUUUCCCUCAACAGCCAUACCAGACUGCCCCUGCAUACGCUCCGCCUCCAGGGCCUCCGCCCCACAUGGAUGACAGCAAGCCUCCUGGAUACAUCGGAGGUGAUGGUAAAGGAGCAUUUGCCGCCGAGAAGGAAGACAAUCCCUUCGCCGAUUUUGACGAUGGUCCUAGUAGAAGAGAAGCCGAGAGAGACGUGACGAGUGCGAACCCGUCGCAAACGAAUCCCUUUCGCUGAGAGGAGUAUAUACUCUUGAUAUCUGUGUGUAUUGAUUGGAUUUGUUCAAUAUGCUUGAUGUAAUAUAUGGCAAUGCGAUUAAUGCUUUGCUGGACAUUCUGUAAGAUAGUACAUUUAACCUGUAUCAAUGAAAUAAA